GUGUUUAUCCCACUUUCAAACUGUAAGACAGUUUGAAGACCAAGAAUUGAAUAAUAAAAAACACAAUUGAGUAGGAAAAUUUCUAAAUUCGAGUUCAGAUUUUCUUUUUUUUUUUCAUUCAACUGUAAAAUGAAUAUAAUUCUAAGACAUCUAGGGAUUAUUAUGAUGUUGAUGUGUUACGUUAUAUUAGGUGCUUGUAAUGAAAUUUAUCCAUCUAAAUCUAAAUUAUUGUCAAGGAGAAGAAGAUAUGUUGCAUUUCCUGAAGGAUCCAGUUUUUCGUGUGCUGGAUGUAUGACUGUGGGUCUCAUAGGGCAACCGGCUCCAUCGACAGCCCCCGGCACGUUCACCUUUGGGCUCAACUGGGCCAUUGCUUAUGAGCUGCCCAAUGCAACCGAAACCACAGCUUUCUACACACAAAAGUACAAAUACAAGAAACCUGUCCAUCAGAGGAGAAGCAGGAGGGAAUUGUAUGAGAAGAUUGAGACUAUUUUGGACAGCAUGGGUUACAGCGGUAGACAAUGUAUACUAAAGACUUUGUGUGAGACCACACAGCGCAUAGUUCCUCACGGAGAAAAUAUGGUUGAAGAAGUAUUCCGUUCGCUAUUCACAUUACCAAUGGUUAAAGUUUUAUCAUCGGAGCCUCUCGAACACACCAUCUAUGAUUCAGCACAUCGCUUAGGAGUCCUUCUUCAGAACUGCGACGCCAUGUUCAACUGUCCUAUAUCUCUGGUGGAUUGGGCCAAAGGAUAUUAUAAUGCUCCAUCUCCUAAUGUGGAUACUUUGAGAAAUCCUUGGGCUUUGUUCAGCAGCAACUUUGGAUGAUUGGUUAAGCUUUUCGUUGAACCAGUUUUUAUUAAAUUUGUCUUAUACCA